AGAUACAUAAGCUGAAAAUCCAGCUUGUUUCAACAUCAUUUUCAACUCCUAUCCUUGUGUUCUUAAAUUCAUCCCAAGAGAAUCAGAUCAAAAUGCUAGCCGUCUCCGAAAGAGAUCUCACCAAACUCCUCCACAACCUAAAUCACCACGAAACCCAUCUCCUCCUCCAACAUCUCUCCACCGCUUUGCACGCAUUCUCAGCACAGCACAGGGGUACUACUACUGAAAAUACUAACAUAAUCAACCAGCCGCAACGAACAAGCAUCAUCAACGAAAAAUGGGAGUCCACAACCUUAUUCAUGCCCGUAUCCGAUUAUCAAUCUACAGGCUUCAAAGUCGUGACUGUACCAAAAGUGACCAAGGCGACCAAUGCUAUUAGGGGAGUAAUCAACAUCCUUUCUCCGGAGGGUCGAUUGGAGGGUGUAAUGAGCGCGGCGGAGAUUACUGCCUUUCGUACGGCGCUUGCGAGUAUGAUUCUAUUUUCGCGGUUCUACGACACGAAGGAGAAGAAGAAAAAGAUUUUGAUUUUUGGGUCUGGGAAACAGGCUGAAUGGCAUGCGAGACUUGCAUUUCAACGACGGCUUGAGGAGAGUAUUUCGUCGAAAUUGGUGCCUGAUUUGAGAGGACGGUAUCCCCAUCUUGACAUUGAGACGUAUUCGCGCGAGGAACAGACGCAAGAUGUGUAUCAGAGUCGACUACGCGCAGAUCUGGCGAGGAGUGAUGCAAUAUUCUGCUGUACGCCUUCUACAGAACCAUUAUUUACGUACAACGAUCUCACGGCCAGCAGCAACAAAAGGAGAUUCAUCUCAUUGAUCGGAUCGUAUAAACCGCACAUGCAAGAGAUUGAUUCUAGGACACUUUUGUCGGGAGUCAAGGGUAGAAUAUACGUCGAUUCGGUCGAGGCUUGUAUGGAAGAAGCUGGGGAAUUGAUCAUGGCCAAAGUUGAUGAGAAGCAACUAAUUGAAUUGGGUGAGGUUGAUCCUACUUUGCCCCUUGAAGAGAAGGAGGGAAAUGUGAUUUUCAAGUGUGUCGGACUGGGAAUUAUGGAUCUUGUUAUUGCGAGGAAUUUGUUGAAGAUGGCGAGUGAGCAGGGGUUGGGGACUGUUGUGGAUGGGUUUUGA